AUGUUUUUUGCCGGCAAAAUCGUAUCAAAGAAGCUGAUGAUCAAGCACAACAGAAGGAGAAGACGCUCAGGAGAUUACCAUUCAUCAACAUUUACAUUGUCUGGAGCUUUGCAAGAAGCGGUCGAUGAUGGAGCUGCACAAGCGCCGGAAAAGCAUCACGGAGUUCGAGUGCCGCUACUACAUUUACCAGAUCAUCCAGGCGUCAAGUAUCUGCACGACAACCGCAUUAUCCAUCGCGACUUGAAGCUAGGAAACCUGUUCUUGAACGAUAUGCUGCACGUGAAGAUUGGCGACUUUGGCUAG